ACAGAAUAAAACUAAGAACACAAAAGACCCACAAAUAAUUAUAAAGUAGAGAGAGAGAGAGAGAGAGAGAGAGAGAGAGAGAGAGUAGAUCUGGCACCACUGCAUCACGUGAGGUAAACAAACACUCAGGGUAGCAAUGCAGGAGAUGGGAGGAGGAGGAAGAUACAGUAGGUAGGGAGGAAAGGAAGGAGUGACCACCUACCAUCCCUCUUCCACCAACCUACCAGCCUCUCCCCCCUCCACCAUGGCCAGCCCCACCAUUGAGUCCCUGUGCUGUGUCACCGUCAACAGUGAUUUCUCCAAAGGCUUCCUGCAGGACUUUCAAUCAGUGCCUUACAAUUCUGUGUCAGUGGUGGCUGCGGCGUGUGGCUUCUUUGGUGCUGUGUUCCAGUUGCUCUCCCGGUCCGGCGACACCAUCGACCCUCACAGCCAUGCCCGGAUGGGUGGCGGCGGGAGGUUCCUCAGGACUCGUGGGUGGCUCAUCAUCAAGUGGCUGGCCUUUGCAGACAUGAUGGCGUCCCUUGGCAUCCUCAUUCGCUCGGCAUCCUGGCUCGGGGAUGACACCUUUGGCUCAGGGCCGGACGACAGCACCAUGGGGAAGUCUUUCUGCAUUGUGUCAUCUAGCAUGAUCCACUACUUCUACACGGCCACCUAUCUGUGGAGUCUGUUGUACGCCCUGGAUGUGAAGCUGGUGAUGGAUGGGAAGCGUGUGGACCGUCGCCUGUACCAUCUGGUGGCCUGGAGUGUCCCCCUGGCUCUGUGUCUCAUGGGCAUGCUCCUCCUCUACCUCCCGGACCUCAACUGCCACAGUAACUCAGUGAACCCCUACCUGAGGUUCCUACCUAACUACUUGAGCACCUUCCUGCCUAUUGUGGUGGUGAUGAUUGCCAACCCCAUCCUGUACCGCCUGGCCUUCUCCCGUGUCGAGCAGCAGAUCAUGUCCAUGCAGGGGAGGUUCACCCACACUGAGCGUCGCGUGGUGGACGGACUGAAGCGCAAGUUCCUGGCCAUCAAUGGAGUGUUCUACCUCUGCUGGCUGCCCAACGUGCUCAACGGCAUCAUACUCUGGACCGCCUGGGACCACCUGCCCAAGAGUGUCAUCCUGGUGGUGUGGUACCUCAUGGCCGUCCUCAACCCCCUACAAGCAGUAUUCAAUUCUAUGGUGUACCGGCGGUGGGACGGCAGCUUCUCCAUGUCACUGCCAGAGUGUUUGCGGAGGCUGUGUUGCUGCCUGCGCCCUGCCCCGCCCCCUCCUGCUGUGGUGCUGGCAGCAACGCAGGGCUCGCCAGAUGGGGACAGCUCUGAGGAUGAGGGCGAGAUCAAGGCAGCAACAAUCAAGAGGUACUCCCCGCUUAGUGCCUCAUUCAGCAGGGGGGAGCGCACACCCUUGCUUAUGUCCUCCUCUUACAGCCAGCAGAUCACACCUCCUCCCUCUGCACCGCCCCUGUCCCAGUACGAGGAGCAUGGCUUGUGGCGGGACAGAGGCAAAUGAACGCUAGGCAGCCCCAGGGAGGUGUGUCAAGUAGCUUUAGUCUUACAUCCCCUCUGCUCUUCCUUGCUCAGUGUUACAAAGUGUUCUGCUGAUCUUGAUGUUACAGCUUUUAUUUAUUUAUUAUUUUUUUAUUAAUUUAUUUUUUCAAGAGGUGGCAAGAUAGUGACAGAUUAAUGGUGGAGCACUGGGUAGACAAAGAAGCUAAUGAUUUUGAAGUUUUAGUGUUUUUUUUAAUCAGUUAUCUUGCUCUGUGCUCUUUUUUUUUUAGUCAAGCGGUGGCAAGACAGUAACAGGUUAAUGGUGGACUGCUAGGCUGACUAGUAACCUAAGGAUUUUGACAUUUUAUAAGCAUUCUCUUUUAUUAUUGUUAUUUUUCUGUUUUCUUGCUUUGUGCUCUUAGAUUUUGCAAGUCAAGAGGUUAGAUAGUUAGAUGAUAAUGGCGGAGCACUUAGGCAAACAAAUAACUUCAUGAUUUUGACAUUUUUUGUGGAUUUUCAUAAGUUUUUCUUUCUUAGUGGUUUUAGAUUUUUUGAGUCAAGAGGUGGAUAGAAAGAGUGUCAGGUAAAUGAAGCACUAGGCAGACCCAUGAGAGUGUAUCAGCUAGGCAGACCCAUGGGAGUAUAUCAACUAGACAGACCCAUGAGAGUGUAUCAACUAGACAGACCCAUGAGAGUGUAUCAGCUAGACAGACCCAUAGGAGUGUGUCAGGUGUCCAGUCUCCUAUCCUCUGCCACGCCCCCUUUACUCUUCCUUUGCUCAGUGUUACCAUGCAAGUGUCCAGAUCAUUUUUGCGACUUCAUGGAGAGAUUUUUUUUUUUUUUUAUUCCAUUUUAUUUUAUCAUUUUUGUGAGCUAAUGGAAUGGUCUUUUUAUUUUAUCUAUUUAUUUAUUUUUAUCUUUCUUUUAUUUACUUAUUUAUCUUUUUUUCUUUUCAUUUCAAGUGUCCUCUAAAUUUUUUGGGAGCCUAUGAAAGGUAUUUUUUUAUUAUUUUUUUGUCUUUUGCUUUCCUCUGACGUUUGGAAGUGAAAUGAGGUGUUUUUAUGAGUGUUUUCUUGUUUGAUGCUCUGAAUACAUGAGGCAACAUAGUGACAGUGAAGGUUUCUGUCUCUGCUUUGUGUGUGCCGUGUCCUUUACUGUGUGUUGGGGUUCCUUUGAAUUUGUAGUCAUAAAUCUCUCUCUCUCUCUCUCUCUCUCUCUCUCUCUCUCUCUCUCUCUCUCUCUCUCUCUCUCUCUCUCUCUC